AUGAAAUUCCCUUCCUUAGUCUUAUUAGCAAUUGCUACUUCAGCUGUCCAAGCUGCACCAUUCAAUUUCGUCAAGAGAUAUACAAACACCACCACUACCACCACUCCUUCCUCGUCCUCCUCCUCAUCCAUAUUGGAAGGUUCUUUAUACCUCACCGAAUUGCCAACCAGCUCAGGAUCCGCUGCAUCAUCUUCGUCAUCAGAGACUGAAGACGAGUGGAUCACUUCAACAAUUGUUGAGUACGUUACUCUCCUCACCUCAUCAACUCAAAGCUCAGAAGACAUCACCUCAACUAUUGUUGAAUACGUCACCAUCACCCAAGGCAGCUCAGUCAUCACUUCUGCCACAAACACAUACACAACUACCACCCAAGCUGCUCUCACCUCAGCCUCAGCCUCAGCCUCCGAUGCUACUAGCGACGAGGACGUAAAGGAAGAAGAAGAGGACUUUGACGACGAACUCACUACUUCAACCAUCACUUCAAUUGUUACUAUAACUAAUGCCGAUGCUGCUGGUGCAACUGCUACCGUUGCAGCCGAGUCAGUAGCUGCAUCCACUGCAGAUGCAUGUGUUCCAUCAACUGAAACAGUUACUGUUACCGUUACUGCAUCUGGUUCUGCAUCAACCGAUGUCUCCACCACCGAAGUCGUCUCAACAUCCUUGUACACCACAUCCUAUCCACUUCAAGCUGUGUUCACCAAUAACGACACAACCACUACAAUCACUUCAUACGUUGACGUUACUCAAACUCAAUUCUACACUUUGACUUCUUCGUUGAGCCAAGACGCAGUCUCUUCUUCCGCUUAUACUUCAGCCUCUGUUGCACCAACCUAUAACAACACUGGCUACGCAAACACCACAGUUCCAUUGAGCACUGCAUGGUAA